CCAUCCCUGAGCCUCGUGCGGUGCCCCGGGGCUCUGUGGGCCGCAUGCCAACUUCUGACUCGGUGGGCCCGCUGUGUCAAGGGGGGGCAGCGAAUCCGCUCGCGGAGCUGGCUUCCCAGAAACAUCUCGGCGCGGGAGCGGCGGCCGUGCGUCGAUGAGAGGCCGAAACGGCUGCGGCGCGGCAGGCGACCCGACGUAUGGGCUGGGUGCGGCGCAGGACAAGGCCGCCUGCCGCCUACAGGCAGGUGCUCCACCGCACGCCCCCCUCCCAGCCGCCGGCGCCGGCGGUGAGGCCCGAGCUCGCGGCCGUCGACGUGCUGCUGCCGGCGGAGGAGCCGACCAGCCGCGUGCCCGGCAGGGGGUCCUGCCAGGCCGCCGCGGUCGGGAAGUCCCACGGCGACGGCUCGUGCUCGACGGGACGGGCGCCGAUGCCACUCCUGGCGCGCGCGUUCCCGGGAGCAGCUCCUCUGGAGGUCGGCGGCGGAUUCCACGCAGACGGCACGGGCCUCGCUGCAUUUCGGCGCCAGCGCCGCCUCCAGGGGAACAAGAGCACGAGCACAGCCUCCCGGGGGCGCGCGCGGAGUCCUUCGAUCGGCGGUGGGAUCCCUCGGGCGCCGCCCCUGGCGCCGCCCCUGGCGCCGCCCCUGGCGCCGCCCCUGGCCCGCCAGGGAAGGGGGUGUGCCAGAGCUGAUCCGAGAAAUCCGCGCGCAGCUCCGAAAGCUUCUGUGCGCGCAGCUGUUCUUCCUCAGCCGCCUCCUCCUCC